UUGAUAUAAAAACAUUUUUAGAGUUCACACAGCAUCUCUUGAAAAUUAUAGGUUUGAACAAGUUUUCAUUUGAUCAUAUAAAACGUGUACAUUAUCUGAAUAGGAAAAGAACGAACUUUAAGAACAUUUUAAAAACUCAAUUUAUUUUUGUCACAUUCAUAUGGCCUUUUUUUCUGAACCAUGUUACGUAAACAUAAUAGCAAAACCUUCUGUUAUCCAAGCCAAUAUAUAUUUUCUAUAGAUUUCAGCAAGACCCACCAAUGGAUAAUAGACAUACAAGACCCCACUGUUAACAUUAUAUGUUUACAGUCAUUGAGGCAACUGUUGAAGACACCCACAGUCUAGAAUCUGUACAGGAGUCAGAGCCUCUCAUGAUACAACAUGCCAGUGUUAACUGUGCUGAUCAUAUGCAAUCUACAGGUUUCACUUUGGUUCUUUCAGAGUCCAUGUCAACUGCUGCCAGUGAAGAGCCAGGCAGUCUGACCCAUGAUAGGAGGGAGCCAAGUGAAGAGCCAGCCAGUCUGACCCAUGAUAGGAGGGAGCCAAGUGAAGAGCCAGCCAGUCUGACCCAUGAGUCCAUGUCAACUGCUGACAGAGAAGAGCCAGGCAGUCUGACCCAUGAUAGGAGGGAGCCAAGUGAAGAGCCAGCCAGUCUGACCCAUGAUAGGAGGGAGCCAAGUGAAGAGCCAGCCAGUCUGACCCAUGAGUCCAUGUCAACUGCUGCCAGUGAAGGGCCAGCCAGUCUGACCCAUGAUGAAAUGAGGCAGCCAAAUCCUCAAGGGACAGGGACAAGAAAAGGAAUGAAACGAAAGUGGGCCAGCGAAGAGAACAUAAUUAUGUUUCACUAACUUUUUUAGAGAUGAAUUAAGAGAAAAAAAAUGCCAUCUGGCUCAAAAAUAAUGGGGUCCCUAAAAAUACUUACCGGAAGAACAGUGGCCCAGAUAAGGGCAAGGGUCCAUAACAUUAUUAUGGAAAAACAAAAAUGGAAAAAGAAUUGUUGAACUGUGGAAUAUGUUUAUGCCCCUGGUAGGGUGGCAUAUAGCAGUUGAACUGUCCGUCAGUCAGUCAGUCUGUCCAUCUGGCCGAAAACUUAUAUGGCCAUAACUUUUCCAAUAUUGAACAUAGCAACUUGAUAUUUAUACCCCUAUUACAAUUGGUAAUGGGGGCUAUAUAGGAGUCACGUUUGUCGGUCUGUCCCGAUAUUUCAUCCGAUCUUCACCAAACUUGGUCAGUAGUUGUAUGUAGAUAAUGUCUAGGUCAAGUUUGAAUAUGGGUCAUGCCAGGUCAAAAACUAGGUCAUGGGGUCACUUAGUAUGUUUUAAACUGUAAGUUUGUACGGACCAUAGCUAUGUUAUUUAUCGUUAAAUUUUUAAAUGACUCGGUACAUUUGUUCUACAUCAUGGAACGGUGUGUCGCGUUAAAAAAAAUUUCGUCAAUAUCUCAAAGGUCAAGGUCACACUUGGGAGUUCAAAGGUCAAAUGCUUGUCCGGGCCAUAGCUUUGUUUUUUAUUGUGAAAUUUUAAAAUCAUUUGGCACAUUUGUUCACCAUCAUUGAACAGUGUGUCGGGCGAAAGAAUUACGUCGAUAUUGCCAAGAACAAGGGCACAAUUUGAGUUUAAAGGUAAAAUAUGGCCAUAAUUGAGCUUGUCUGGGCAAAUACUAUGUUGUUUAUUGUGCGAUUUUAAAAUCGUUGGCUCUUUUGUUCACCAUCAUUUGACGGUGUGUCGCGCGAAAGAAUUACGUCGAUAUCUCCAAAGUCAAGUUCGUAGUUUUAGUUCAAAGGUCAAAAAUGGCAAUAAAUUAUCUUGUCUGGGCCAUAAAUAUGUCAUUCAUUGUAAGAUUUUAAAAUGACUCUGUACAUCAAUUUUGUUCAAAGUCAUUGGAAGGCUUGUCAUGUGAAACAAUUCAAGAGUUCAAAGGUCAAAAUGGCUAUAAAUGAUAAUGGCAAAAUGAUUCUUAAAAAAUCGCCAUAAAUUGUAUUAUCUUGUUUUGUGAAGACAGCAUACAAAAUAGUCUGUGUCAAUGCGUUAUGUGGGGGUAUAUGUCACGUCUGUGACAAAGCUCCAGUUGGCAUGCAUGUGCAUCUUGUGAAGCUGCACAUAUUGAGUGGUGAAAAGUGAAGGUCAAGGUAAUACUUCAAGGUUAAAUGUUAAAUAUAUUGCUUCUGUCCGUCCGUCUGGAAACUUUAAAAUUGGCCAUAACUUUUGAGCUCACCUGAGUGCAACAUGCUCAUGGUGAGCUUUUGUGAUUGUCUUUUGUCCGUUGUGCGUUGUAUGUCGUCAACAUUUUGCCUUGUGAACACUCUAGAUGCCACAUUUAUUGUCUGAUCUUCAUGAAAUUUUGCAGAACAUUUGUCACAUUGAUACCUCGACUGAGUUCGAAACUGGGUCAUGCUGGGUCAAAAAUUAGGUCACUUGGUCAAAAAAACAACAAAAAAACUUGUGAACACUGUAGAAGUCCAAUCUUCAUGUAACUUUGUCAAAAUGUUUGUCUAAAUGAUAUUUUGGUUGAGUUAAAAAUUGGUUCCGGUCCGUUGAAAAACAUGGCCGCCAGGGGCGGGGCAGUUUUCCUUAUAUGGCUAUAGAGAAACCUUGUGAACACUUUAGAAGUCAAAAUGUUUGCCUAAUCAUCAUGAAACUUGGUCAAAACAUUGGUUUUAUUUAUAUUUUGGACGAGUUCGAAAAUGGUCCAGAUCAGUGAAAAAACAUGGCCGCCAAGGGGCGGGGGAGUUUUCCUUAUGUCUUUAGUUAAACAUUGCUAACACUCUAGAGGCCACAUUUAUUGUCCAUUCUUCAUGAAAUUUGGUCAGAAGUUUGGUCUCAAUGAUAUCUUAGACGAGCUGAAAAUGGUUACGUUUGCUUGAAAAACAUGGCUGCCAAAGGGCGGGGCAUUUUUCCUUAUAUGGCUAUAUAUGGCUAUAGUAAAACGUUGUGAACACUCUAGAGGCCACAUUUAUUGUCCAAUCUUCAUGAAAUUUGGUCAGAAUAUUUGUCUCAUUAAUAUCUUGGAUGGGUUUGAAAAUGGUUAUGUUUGCUUGAAAAACAUGGCUGCCAAGGGGCAUUUUUCCUUAUAAAAAUGGCUAUUGUAAAAUCUUGUUAACACUCUUGAGGCCACAUUUAUUUUCCGAUCUUCAUGAAACUUGGUCAGAAUAUUCAUCCCAAAAAAUAUCGUAGACAAGUUAAAAAAUGAUGCUGGUUGGUUGAAAAACAUGUCCGCCAGGGGGUGGGGCAUUUUACCUUAUAUGGCUAUAGUAAAACUUUGUUAACACUCUAUAGGCCACAUUUAUUUUCUUAUCUUCAUGAAACUUGGUCAGAAGAUUUGUCCUAAUGAUAUCUUGGAUUAGUUCAAAAAUAGUUUCGUUUGCUUAAAAAACAUGGCCACCAGGGGGCGGGGCAUUUUUCCUAAUAUGGUUAUGUAUCAUGCUUUACUAAAACAUUGUUACCACUCUGUAGGCCACAUUUAUUUUCCGAUUAUUAUGAAACUUGGUCAGAUGAUUUGUCCUAAUGAUAUCUUGGAUGAGUUCAAAAAUGGUUCUAGUUGGUGGAAAAACAUGGCCGCUAAGGGGGCGUGGCAUUUUUCCUUAUAUGGCUAAAGUAAAACCCUGUUAAAACUCUAGAAGCCAUAUUUAUUGUACAAUCAUCAUGACACUUUGUCAGAAGAUUUGUCCCAAUGAUAUUUGGACAAGUUUGAAAUUGGUUCCAGUUGCUAAGAAAAACAUGG